AUGGCAAUGAAAACAAAACAACGCAUGCUAAAGGAAGACUGGGAAUUUUUUAAACAGAGGCGUUUUAUUGAAGAGCAGCUUAAUAACAAGAAAGCACUAGCUGGAGAGAACAACUUCACAGACACAAUGAGACACAUGCUGUCAUCACGUUUGAGCAUGCCUGACUGUCCCAACUGUAAUUAUAGAAGAAGAUGUACUUGUGAUGACUGCAGCCUUUCACACAUUUUAACAUGUGGCAUCAUGGACUCUCCUAUAACGGAUGAUAUCCACAUUAACCAGUUACCACUACAGAUUGAUUCUGCUCCGGAUUAUCUAUCUGAGAUCCGCCCACCCAGUAUGUCUUCAGCAAGUUCAGGAUCAGGUUCCAGCUCACCUAUUACAAUUCAGCAACAUCCCAGAUUGAUCCUCGCAGAUAAUGGUUCUGCACCAACUUUUGGUAGUGAUGAUGAAGAUGUUGCACCAUUAUCAGCAAAAUUUGCUGAUAUCUACCCACUGAAUAAUUACGACGAUGCAGAGGUGGUAGCCAACAUGAAUGGAAUUCACAGUGAGCUAAAUGGCGGAGGUGAAAACAUGGCAUUGAAAGAUGAGUCUCCUCAGGUGAGCAGUACUAGCAGCAGUUCCUCAGAAGCAGAUGAUGAAGAAGCAGAUGGGGAGAGCAGUGGUGAACCACCAGGGACUCAAAAGGAGGAAAUGUCUCUAGGAAAAAGGGCAUUAAGGAAAGAUGAAGCAAAAAUGGAUAGUCCACCACCUUCUUACCCUAGUCAGCAGGCUGACCAAGGUCCCAAUGCUUGUGAAUGUCAUGUUUGCAAACAAGAAGCCUCAGGUCUAACAGCCUCUGCACUUGCAACUGGACGCUUGCCUGCUGGCCACCAGUUUAUGAAUCCUGAAAAACCUGCACAUCCUGCACUUCAUCUUUAUCCUCACAUCCAUGGACAUAUACCAUUGCAUACAAUUCCUCAUCUGCCUCGUCCACUUAUCCACCCCACCUUGUAUACAGCUUCUCCCUUUACACACAAUAAGGCUUUACCGCCAGCUCCAGUUCAGAAUCAUACAAACAAGCAUCAAGUAUUCAAUGCAUCUCUCCAAGAUCAUAUUUAUCCAAGCUGUUUUGGGAGCACUCCAGAUUGGAAUAGCUCUAAAUUUAUAAGUCUCUGGGGAUCAGAGAUGAUGAAUGACAAGAACUGGAAUCCUGCUACAUUUUUGCCUGAUACAAUUCCUGGGAGUGAUAUAUUAGCACCAGCACUCUCAGAGAUAAGACCCGAAGCACUUCCUACUACAUCUAGCAAUGAAGCAACAGCAGUUGCUGACAGCAAAGAGAAAAAAAAUGCUGCAAAGAAGAAAUGUCUGUACAAUUUCCAGGAUGCCUUUAUGGAAGCUAAUAAAGUUGUCAUGGCAACCUCUUCUGCCACUUCUUCUGUCUCCUGCACAGCUACUACGGUGCAGUCAAGCAGCAACCAAUUCAAAGUAUCAUCCAAGAGACCUUCAUCGAUAGGUGAAGUUUUCCACAAUAUUAAUAAAGAGGACCAUAGACAUUCUGCACCAGUUGCACCACGAAAUAGCCCUACCAGUUUAGCAUCCCUUCCUUCACUGUCUCCUGCUGCACUGUCUCCAGCCUCUACACCACAUCUUCCCAAUAUUGCUGCUCCUUCUUUCCCCAAAACUGCUGCAACAGCCCCUGGAUUUGUGGAUCCUCAUUCAGGUCUUUGUCCUACUACAGUUGCACCUCCUACUUCAACCACAGACAGCUCUGUAAGUGCCCCACCAAGUGUCUGCAGUGAUCCUGAUUGUGAGGGUCAUCGUUGUGAGAACAGUAACACGUAUGAUCAUCAACAGUAUGAUGGAGAGGAGAGCCAAGAUGAAGACAGCUGUUCAGAGCAUAGCUCCAGUACCUCAACAUCCACAAAUCAGAAGGAAGGAAAAUACUGUGACUGCUGUUACUGUGAGUUCUUCGGCCAUGGAGGACCUCCAGCUGCACCAACCAGUAGAAAUUAUGCAGAGAUGCGAGAAAAGCUUCGUUUACGCCUCACAAAAAGGAAAGAGGAACAGCCGAAGAAACCAGAUCAGAUCUCUGAAAGGGAAAGUGUUGUUGACCAUCGAAAGGUGGAAGACUUGCUACAAUUUAUAAACAGCUCUGAAACCAAACCAGUAAGCAGUUCUCGGGCAGCCAAGCGAGCCAGACAUAAGCAAAGAAAGCUUGAAGAAAAAGCUCGACUUGAAGCAGAAGCCAGGGAGAGGGAGCAUCACCAGUUGCUCGAGGAGCAGAGGCGGCGAGAGGAGGAAGAAGAGGAGAGACUGAAACAGGAAUUACAACGGCUUCAGGAACUUCAGCAGUUGCGGGCUAUAAAGAAAAAGAAGAAAGAACGAACAAGUAAAGACUGUCAGAAGGUGGACAUGCUUACUCGAAACUGCCAGGCAGUGAAGGAAUCUGUCCCAAACGUACCUGAAGACAUUCAGAAUGGUACACUCGAGCAAUCAGAAAAGAUAGAAACCUCCUCCGGCU